AUGAGAAAUCCCGAUCCCCCUGUUGUCAUUGCUACUCUCAUCAUUGCCCUCUCUGCACCGUUCACCUUUUCCUCUCAAUUCUCGAACCUCACUUUCUCUACAGGGACUUAUGUCGAGCCGUCUCAAAAGUCUUCUCCCUCUCUCGACCGGUCUGGCCCUGACCCCUACUUUAACAAGCUUAUCCGAAUCCUCACCACUCGCUGCAUGACUCAGGGCCCUGGCCCCUGCUUCGACAAUCUCACCCGCAUCCUCACCACUCGCUGCAUGACUCAGGCGGUGUAUUUUCCCAGCGGCCAGCUCGCCCCUGCAGAGUACCACCACUACGGCCUCGCAGCCCCCAUCUAUACCCACUUCACUUCCCCCAUCCGUCGCUACGCUGACGUGGUGGUGCAUCGCCUGCUGGCUGCAGCCAUAGGGUUGACACCGCUGCCGGAUCAGACCAAGGAUAAGACUGCACUCACCGCCCUCACUGACAACCUCAACUACCGCAACCGCAAUGCUCAGAUGGCGGGGCGAGCAUCAGUGGAGCUUCACACGCUCAUAUUCUUCCGCACUCGGUAUGGCAUCAAGGGACCAGUCUAUCUCGUACCCAAGGAACCUCACAAGGGGAAAGCUGCUGCAGUUGCUGCUGCCAACAAGCUCGAUGGGAAUGCACCAUCUAGUGACUGGGUGGUGGAUGAGAAGUCGCAGACGGUAGAGUCGAAAGACGGGAAGCGGCGAUUUAAGGUGUUGGAUAUAGUGACUGUGCACAUUGAGGUUAUUGAGCCGCAGCCCAAUCGGCCCAAGCUGUCACUGACGUUAGUGAGCCAAUGA